AUGCCAGGGUUCGUCUCGAUCGGGUCACGGAGAUACGCUGAGGGGGAAAACUUGGCGUUGCAAGCCACCACUGAGCAGCAGGUUGUGGAUGAGGUGAUCGAAACUGCGACAGAACCAAUGGUAGACAGGCCUCAGUACGAGCCACUGACCAAGAUCCUAUCGGGUGGACAAGAACGGCGGAAAGCGGUGGUCGUCCUGUCGGCGUCUGCAAAGGAGUUGACCACUGCACAAGAUAUCGCAGGCGAAGUGUCGACAGGGUUUCAACCGGAGGAAGAGGGUCGUAUCAAUACGACGGAACCAAAGGGAGUGACCAAGAGCGGAGACAUCUUCCCUGAAGAAAUCGAGAAUAACAUGGCUGUCCUGCCGGAAGUGGAGGCUACCUCGAAGGAAGUCACCAUCGACGACAUACAAGUAGAUGAUCCACACGCGACACCGGAGGAACGCGAGCGACUGCGUCGCAUCAUAUGGAAGCGACGCCACUUGCUGAUAGGAACCGCGCCACAAUUCCGCGAGAAGCUGUCAAUGCUCAUCAAGGGACUGCUGUCGGCAAAGAUCAUCACUACCUCCACCUCACCUUGGGCGCUGAUGAUAUAUCCCAUGGCGUUGAUCAACGGCCUCCUCGAAGAUCUGGAUAAGGCGUUAUGGUACUAUUCCCUCGAUAUGGCUAGUGGCUUCUGGGUGACGAGGAUGCCGUUCGGGUUAAAGAACGCUCCUCAGAUCUAUCAGCGGAUCGUCGACAAUGCAUUAUAUGGUCGCAUGCGUAUCAAGCCUGAUCAGGACAGUUUGAACCCCGUUGAUGUCUUCGAGGAAGGGGAGCCGGAGCCGGAGCCUAAGCCGUCGGUUCUCGGGCGGACGUCGUAUGUGGACGACAUCCUUGUGACCAGCGACUCGUGGGAUAGCAUAUGCAACCAUGUCGACGAACCGCUCGACGUCUGUGAACGGUUGAACUUGUCGAUCAGCGUAGUCAAGAGCUACUGGGGUCGACGCAAGGUAGCGUAUCUAGGACACGAAGUAUCCUCAGCCAGGCUGGAAGCAAAACCGAAGGAGCUCGACGCAAUUGCCAACCUUCCGUUCCCCACCAAGCUGAAGGCGAUGCACUCAUUCCUCGGAAGCUUGAAUUAUUACAGCCGCUUCAUUGAGGACUUCGCAGUCUAUGCAGCGAUCUUGUGGGCGAGGGCGAAGAACGCAUUUACUAUGUUGAAGGCGAAGAGCAUCGCCACUCCUGUCCUGAAGCACUUCGACCCGGAACGCACCCCCGUCAUCGUGCUGUACGCGAACAAGUGGACCAUAUUAGCGGCCCUGAUGCAGGAACACGAGGGUGUGUAUCAUCCGGUGACCUUCACCAGUCGCACGAUGAAGGCGAACGAACUCAACUAUGGAGUUGUGUAUAAAGAG